AUGACAACUCAUCUACAGGGCCGCUCCUCAUGGGGCCCCGAGACCAUCUCCCGCUGCUUCAGCAGCAUCAGCAGCUUUGGUCACAGCAACGCGAACGACAACAGCAGCAGCAGCAGCAGAGGGAGCAGCAAGCCUGAGCCGGAAGCUAUCGAACUACACGAGUGGAAAACCUCGACAUCAAGGAGGCCCUCUGUUUGCAGCAGCGAGACUAGCACCAAGCAGAGACAAAAUGAAGCAGAUAAAUCUAGUGCCCCUAGAGCGAACGCAUCACCUGCGUCCAGCCAGGGUGGCGUUGUCCGGUGGCUUGGGCACAAGGGCAGCACCUUUUGGGGAUCCCUUUUUCUUCUGUUGCUGCUGAGCGUUUGCUCCCCAUUAGCAACAGAAGCCACAGCGCCAACUUCUGAGGAGCCAAUUCUGGAUCAAUACGUGUCAAGCCAAAAUUGGGGACACACUAGGGACCCUUUUGACGGCCGGGAAGCUCCCCCACGUCGCCUGAACACCGUUGCCGCUUGGGCUGCCGAAGUCGAGUCCUCCUUGCGACUAAGCCCGCAGCUCAGCCUCUACCUCGGGGUCUUCCUCACUCUAUCUGGCUCACUUCUUAUGGCUGGGGGCAGCACUUUGAUGAAGUUGGGCCUCAGCGUAGAAGAUGCGGACGCUCUCAGCGGACAGUCCUGCGACCAGCAGUGGGUUUGGGGUUUUGCUGCGUAUGUGCUCGGUGCUUGCAUGCACGUCGUCGCCUUGGGUUUUGCUCCCGCAAGUGUCUUGUCGCCCAUGAACUCCAUUGGCCUCAUAGCCAACGCGGUGGCCUCAGCUACAGUGUUGAAGGAGCCCUUUGGAUUCCAAGAGCUAUUGUUCACUGGAGGGUGUGCCUUCGGUGUCUUCCUAUGUGCAUGCGCCUCUGUGCUGCCUCGCACGGAGUUUGUCGAUUUGGGGUCAGAUCUAGACAGCCGGUACGUGGGGCUGUACAGCUGGCACGACCCUUGGUAUUUGGCAUUCCUGGGGCUCUGCUGUGGUCUCGGAUUUGGAGCUCUCGUUUACCUAAACAGCGUUGAAUCCGCGCUGCUGGAAGAGAAGGAACAGCAGCUGCUCAGACAGACUGACAGAGACAUCGCAUUGCUCCCUCCCCGUGGUCCCUCCGAACAAGACUACGCGCAAAAGGACGCGGGACCCUCAACCAUGCUGAGCCCCAGAAGCCAGACCAAGCAAUCUCUCUACCCUCGUUUAGUCGGUCUAUGCUAUGGUUUUCUCGCUGGCCUGGUCGGAUCUCAGUGUAUUUUAGAAGUAAAGGAGAUCGGUACUUGCGUGCGUUAUGGCCUCACCCAGAGCUCCAUUUGGUUUUCCCCGCAGCCGUACUUGGUCUGCUGUUUCCUGGGCCUUUCCGUUUGGAUGCAGAUUCACUUUUUGAACUUGGGACUGGCCCGGGGAGACGCGACAACUAUCGUUCCGACUUACUACGUCGUAUGGACCUUCUUUGGAACUCUUGGUGGGUUUGCAAAAUUCCACGAGGUGCAGGGAUUUAGUGCAAGCGCCCUCAUUCUCUUUGGGCUUGGAUUCGGGCUCACGGCGAUGUGCAUUAUUCUCCUAGCAGUGGAAGAGAUGAGGAACUUACGCAAGUAUGUUGACCAGCAGGUCCCAGGGAUCGACGACGAAGAGGCAGAUCUGGCUGCUCAAGACCUUGUGGAGCAACGGCUUUCGAAAAGGGUCACCUUCGCCAUGGGAAUGUUCCCAAUUUCAUCUUUGGGGCGAACCGCAGGGCGGCGGCGCUUCCGCCCUGUAUACCAAAGGUUCAGGCGAACCCGCUCUACGGCAUCCGACACUGCUUUGGGAGACGCCUACGGGGAGCUUACUCUGGGAAGCACGUCUGUUGCAGGCGCUUACACACUGCCUCCCAACCUCCAUUUCCCUCGGCGUAGCGCGGAUCAGGGCUAUUCUCAGCAAAACCGUGGUUCCGGGGAGAGGCAGGAUCCGCAGGGAAUUCCCCUACGGACGCUUAACGCGACAUCUAGCGGCAGCAGCGUGAAAGGUCCAGACCCGCUCAAUAGAGUGUCUUGGGGGUCCUCAGGCAGCCCAAAACAAAGCUCGCUGACUUCUGAAAAACAAUCUGCGGAGCCCUAUGCCAUGUCUAAGGCGCCGGCGCACUAUUUGAUGCCCCCCUCUCUCCGGUCUUCACUUCAGUCCGAUUGCAGCAGCAGCGGAUUGACAGACCAGAAAGAUCUUUACUUGGUGUGGUCUCCGCUUUCCGCCAUGCAGCACCAAAAAGCAACACAGUACCAAUAA